AUGUUAAGAGGUAUUGAAAUUAGAGGAAAAGUUGAUAAAAAUGUUAAAUCAAUAUUAACAGAAGAGUGUUUAACAUUUUUAGGAGAAUUAGAAAGAAGAUUUGGAGGUAUUAGAAAGAACUUAUUACAAAAGAGAUUAGAUAGACAAAUUGAUAUUAAUAAUGGUAUUUUACCAAGUUUUUUAAAGGAUAGCGAUUGUAAGAGAGCCACAGAUAAGAAUUGGAAAUGUUCUUCAGUACCAUUAGAAAUUCAAGAUCGUCGUGUUGAAAUUACCGGACCUACCGAUAGAAAGAUGGUAAUCAAUGCAUUGAAUUCAGGUGCUAAAGUAUUUAUGGCAGAUUUCGAGGAUGCAAAUUGCCCAAAUUGGGAAAACUCGAUCCACGGUCAACAAAAUAUGAUUGAUGCAAACAAUAGAACCAUUUCAUUCACUUCAGCAGAGGGUAGAAAAUAUGAAUUAAAUAAACAGGUGGCAGUACUUUUCGUCAGACCAAGAGGUUGGCAUUUAAAUGAAGAUCAUUUAGCUAUUGAUGGUCUUUCAAUGUCUGGUUCUUUAUUUGAUUUUGGUUGUUAUAUUUUUCAUAAUCAUCAAAUUUUAAAAAAUAGAAAUUCAAAUCCAUAUUUUUAUUUACCAAAAAUGGAAUCACAUUUAGAAGCAAGAUUAUGGAAUGAUGUAUUUGUAUUUUCACAAAAUUAUUUAGGUAUGCCAAUUGGUACAAUUAAAGCAACAGUAUUAAUUGAAACUAUUUUAGCAUCAUUUGAAAUGGAUGAGAUUUUAUAUGAACUUAGAGAUCAUUCAGCUGGUUUGAAUUGUGGUAGAUGGGAUUAUAUUUUUAGUUUUAUAAAGAAAUUCCAAUCAUAUCCAGAUAAGAUGUUACCAGAUAGAGCAAAGGUAACAAUGACAAGUCCAUUCAUGGAUUCCUAUGUAAAGUUAUUGAUUUACACUUGUCAUAAGAGGGGUGUACAUGCUAUGGGUGGUAUGGCUGCACAGAUUCCAAUUAAAAACAAUGAACAAGCAAAUAAUGCAGCUAUGGAAAAAGUUAGAUUGGAUAAACAAAGAGAGGUUAGAGCUGGUCAUGACGGUACCUGGGUUGCCCAUCCAGCUUUAAUUCCAAUUGCAAUGGAACAAUUUAAUACUCAUAUGAAAUCUCAAAAUCAAAUUUCAUACAUUCCAUCAUCAACUGCUCCAAAUUUUGAAGAGAUUGCUAAAUCAUUGUUAUCAGUCGACCCUGUUAAACCAGGUGAUAUCACUGAGGAUGGCUUUAGAAGUAAUAUCGUUGUUGGUAUUCUAUAUCUUGAAGCUUGGUUAAAUGGUAAUGGUUGUGUACCAAUUCAUAAUCUUAUGGAAGAUGCUGCUACCGCUGAAAUUUCAAGAUCUCAAAUUUGGCAAUGGAUUAAACAUAAAGCACCAUUACCUGAUGGUAAAUCAUUCGUUACCCUUCAAUAUUACAAUAGAAUCUUUAAAGAGGAAUCUGAUAAAUUGGAAAAAGCUCAUCCAAAUUCUAAAACUUUAACUGAUGCCAUUCAAAUCUUUAAUAAUUUAAUUGUCUCUCCAAAUUUCAUUGACUUUUUAACACCUUCUUGUUAUAAAUUUGUUGUCGAUUCUGAAAGAAAAACUUUUUCUCCAAAAUUAUAA